GGGUCCCGGCUCCUCAGUCUGUACUCACCAUGGAGACGCCUCCAGCCCUGCUGCUCUGCCUCCUGCUGGCCUGUUCAGUCUGGGCCGCCCACGGACGAGCCGUGAAGAUCAGCGUGGACGAGCCGGAGCCGGAGCCGGAGCCGGAGGACGCGGCGUCCUCGGUGGAGGCCGGCGGGCUUCCAGGGAUCUGCUGGGCCUGCAAAUGGGCUCUGAAGAAGGUGAAGAAGGUGGUCGGAGACAACGCCACGGCGGCGGCCCUCAGGUCCAGGCUGCUCAGCGUCUGCAAUGAGAUCGGCCUCUUGAAGACCGCGUGCCGCAGCUUUGUGAAGAAGAACCUGGGGGAGCUGAUCGAGGAGCUGACGACCACGGACGACGUGAAGACGAUCUGCAUCAACGUCAGAGCGUGCAAGCCGAAGGAGGACCUGGACCCGCUGCCGGCCGCAGACACCCCGUCGCCCGCCCCCGACAGGAGCCCGGCGCCGUGGUUUCGCCUCCGUCAGUAGCCUCAGCGGCAGGAAGGCCUUCGCCUCACUUCCUGAGCACUUCCUCCUCUCCUGUCUCUCUGCUGCUCUGUAAAGCCUCUGCUUCAGCGCUCUGUUCGUUCAGUCAGCACAAUAAACACCUGCAAG